CAAUUUUUAGUUGCUUGCCCCACAGUACAGGUAAAAAGAAUGGCUAAGAAACUAGCGACAGUCUACUUCUUGUGUUUGCUGAGUCUCUUUAUUAUUACACACUUUGGAGAAGCUGCUCAGUGCACACCAGAGUCCGACCCAAAAUACCUCUGCACUGCAAGAUGCAAUGGAACAAGCUUCGAUCUCUCCAAAGCUUUUGACUUUCCAAUGAAAAUAACGGAACCGACAGCUAGAGGGGGUACUGGUAAUACCUACUGGUACACGUGGGACCCCUGCCAUAUUGUAAAGUGUCCAGGAUAUCCUGCAGGAACCGACAUUGCUGUUUGUCAGAGUGCCAACUUUUUUUAUAACUGUGGACGGAAUAGCAAAUCUAUCUGGUUGCUGAGCGACAGGCUUCAGCCUCAGGAGAACUUUCCCAACUGGCAAGUGGAGUACACCUUUGGAAUUGACUGGAGGAUCACCAUCUUUAAUUUCACUAUUGAUCACACUGUGGAGGAGCCGACUGUCAAGUUCAUUAGUGAAGACCCUGAACUACAAUAUAAUUUUGAGGUGAGAGGGAAGUGCAUUGGACAAGAAAGCUUUGACUGUAAGCAGUACUAUGAGUCAAGGAACAAACUAAAAGACAAAAAUUAGUACACAUAUUAUUUUUAUGUACAGUAUCUUGUCUGCUCAUUUGCAUGUACAUUUACGUCAUUUUUGGAGAGGGGUGGGGCUCAGUCUGCAACAACAAAAAGAUGGCUAACAAAUUAUUUUUCCUGUUGUUGUGUUUGUUGGGACUCUUCAUUUCUACGUACCUGGGAGAAGCUGCUCAGUGUGCAACGGAUAAGAAGUCCCUCUGUACUGCACAUUGCAAUGGAACAAGCUUUGAACUUUCUAAAGCCUUUGACUUUCCG